GCUAUAUUUAGCUGAUUCCAUUAUCGGCUCAGGGUUAGCUUGCUGCUGCUGCUCCCGCGGCGAGCGCGGCGACCGCGGAGACUCACGCUUAAGCCCAAAGCGCCUUUCGAGUGCAGCCUCGUUUUCGGGCACAUUUCCACGCACUUCCGCUAGCAGGCGAGCGGCUGGCUGGCGAGCUGACGUCGCGGGGAGCUAACGCGAACGGCAGCGCCUGUGCUCCAAGCUUGUCUGACCCCUUCGCGGGACGACGCGAGAAGCGGAGUCAUGUCUUCGGACGAAGACAGGGCCAAGGAGAUUUUGAAGGGUUUCAAACUAAACUGGAUGAACCUGCGAGAUGCCGAGACGGGCAAAGUUCUGUGGCAGGGAACCGAGGACCUCUCCGUUCCCGACGUGGAACACGAAGCUCGCGUCCCCAAAAAGAUCCUCAAGUGCAAAGCGGUUUCCAGAGAGCUCAACUUUUCCUCCUCGGAGAAGCUGGAGAAGUUCCGUCUGGAGCAGAAGGUUUUCUUCAAGGGACAGUGUCUAGAAGAGUGGUUUUUUGAGUUCGGCUUCGUCAUCCCCAACUCGACCAACACGUGGCAGUCGCUGAUAGAAGCGGCACCUGAGUCGCAGAUGAUGCCCGCCAACGUCUUAACUGGCAACGUGAUCAUCGAAACCAAGUUCUUCGACAACGACCUGCACGUGAGCACGUCGCGCGUACGCCUCUUCUACGUCUGACGUCCGCUGCCGUCUCGCCAUCAUCGUUCCGUCUCGCCGCCGAGGAAGAAGGCAACGCGCGCACUCCCGCGCGCGCGCGCGCACCCGAUCGGCGCCGGGGGAGCGCAUGUGGCGUCUCUUUGUGACUGUAAAUACACGCGCGCCGAUCUCGUCAGCCCGACGCUCCUUUUGUGCUUUGAACGUACAACCAACCAAUGCGUUCUUUUGGCUUGCAUUCACUCAGGAACCCCCCACCCCAAAAUGUUUUUCCUUCUCACGAUUAAAAGGUUUCGGAGCUCAUUCCACGUUGUGUGGAACGUUCCGCCUGCCGGCGCUUCGUCUGGCGUUCGGAGGUCCAUCGUUUGUUUCCCUCUGGUGGUCUCUGUGAGGCCCAGAAGGGAAAGGACAACGUGUAACUCGGCAAACUGAACGAGUAACAUGAAACAGCGCAUACCCAGUUAAUUUCUUUUAUUUAUUUGAUUAAGAAAAACAAAA